AUGUCAAUGGCAACGACAACCGCCAUGACGGACAUGUCAGGCAUGACAAUGACGACCUCGAGCGCCAUGUCAUCCUCCACAGGCGACAUGGGUGGAAUGGACAUGUCGUCUUCCACGAUGACGACGAUGAGCUCAUCAGACAUGGCAAUGGUGUUCUUCCAAUCGACCCUCACACCACUCUACUCGAUGGCCUGGACGCCAGGCGGAACAGGUUCCUAUGCCGGCACAUGCAUAUUCCUGAUCGCGCUGGCGCUGACACACCGGGUCCUCAUCGCCCUGCGCAACAUGUUUUUUAACGCGCGGACACAGCACCAUCACCAAAAUCCCACUAAAAUUGAGUCGUCGUCGGACAUGGAUGGGUAUCCCAUGGAAGCGGCGCCCGAGGCGGUGGGCCGGCAGCUCAGAUCGGAAUGGAACAGCCAUCCGUUUCGCGUUGCGACCGAGGCUACGCGGGCCGUGUUCGAGGUCGUGAUUGGGGGUAUUGGGUAUUUACUAAUGUUGGCGGUCAUGACGAUGAACGUGGGCUAUUUCUUGUCCGUCCUUGGUGGCAUAUUUCUCGGGGCGUUGGUCGCUGGCCGGUUCGGUGGCGUCGACGCCAAUCACCAUUAG